UUCAUUCUGCAAAUAAUAAAAAAAAACGGAAACACUUUCAAUUUGUCAAAUUCUCAACUUAGGAGAGGAGGAAAGGGCCAAAAGCAGCUACAAUUGCAAAGCUCAACCCUCAAACUAGCCGCAGCCGCAACCUCUGUACUCGCCGGAAAAAUGGUGAAGUCGUACCUUCGCUAUGAGCCGGCGGCGACAUUCGGUGUGAUAGCUUCAUUAGAAUCGAACAUCAGCUACGACAGCUCCGGCAAGUUCCUUCUCUCUCCUGCUCUUGAGAAGGUUGGUGUUUGGCAUGUUCGUCAAGGCGUUUGCUCCAAAUCCCUUUCUCCUUCUACUAUUUCUACUGGCCCUUCUCUUGCCGUCACCGCUAUCGUUGCCUCGCCGUCCUCCGCCAUGGUGGCAGUUGGGUAUGCGGAUGGGAGCAUAAGAAUAUGGGAUUUGGGUAAGGGAACUUGUGAAACAACAUUGAAUGGACAUAAAGGAGCUGUGUCUGCUCUUCGUUACAAUAAGAUUGGAUCGAUGUUAGCGUCUGGUGGAAAAGAUAAUGAUAUUAUUUUGUGGGAUGUGGUGGGCGAGACUGGACUUUAUCGUCUUCGUGGGCACCGUGAUCAGGUGACAGACCUGCUUUUUCUGGAUUCUGGGAAAAAGUUAGUGAGCUCCUCAAAGGAUAAGUUUGUUAGAGUUUGGGAUAUUGAGACCCAACAUUGUAUGCAAAUAGUUAGUGGCCAUCAUAGUGAAAUUUGGUCUAUAGAUAGUGAUUCGGAGGAGAGGUAUGUGGUCACAGGCUCAGCUGACCUUGAACUUCGGUUUUACACUGUCACCAAGCAUGAUUUUGGAGGUGGGGAGAUAUUAGGAAAUUCUGAUCAUAAGGAGUCUGUAGAUGGCAGUCUUACACCAGCUGGUAAUAAGUGGGAAGUCCUGAAGCACUUUGGUGAAAUUCAGAGGCAGACCAAAGAUCGAGUUGCAAAUUUAAGAUUUAAUAAGGCUGGUAAUCUUUUAGCAUGUCAAGUGGCAGGCAAGACAGUGGAGAUAUUCCGUUUGUUAGAUGAGGCUGAAUCCAAGCGCAAAGCUAAGCGCAGAGUUCAUAGAAAGAAGGAGAAGAAAGACAAGAAGGAGAAGAAAGAAAGAGAACCCUCUAAAAAUGUUGCUGAGGUUACAGAUAAUGUAGAUGAAAAUCACUCUUUACUAGAGGAGAGCCAUCCAACUAUUGUAGUCUCUGACAUCUUUAAGCUUCUUCAAAUUAUAAGGUCCGGAAAGAAGAUAUGUUCAACCUCUUUUUGUCCAAUCAAUUCGAAGAAUUCCUUGGGCACAUUAGCCUUGUCACUGAACAACAAUUCUGUAGAAAUAUAUUCCAUAGCAAGUGAUACAAGUACACAGACAUUGGCUAUUGAGCUCCAAGGUCACCGUUCUGAUGUUAGAAGUCUUAGUCUUAGUCCGGACAACUCUCUCUUACUGUCAACAAGUCACAAUGCUGUGAAGAUUUGGAACCCCAGUACCUGUAAUUGUCUCCGAACUAUUGAUUCUGGCUAUGGACUGUGCAGUAUGUUUGUUCAUGGUGACCAGAGCAACAAAUACGCACUUGUUGGAACUAAAGAUGGAAAGAUUGAAAUCGUAGAUGUUGCAAGUGCUACACGUGUAGAGGUAGUGGAGGCUCAUGGAGGCUCUAUUCAUUCAAUCGCUGGCAUGCCCGACAAAAGUGGUUUUGUUACGGGGAGUGCAGACCAUGAGGUUAAGUUUUGGGAGUAUCGCAGAUUGCAGAAGUCUGGUGAAAACUUGGAGCGCUUAUCAGUGUCUAAUGUGAGGACAAUGAAACUGAAUGAUGAUGUUUUGAAGAUUGCCCUGAGCCCAGAUGCGAAGUAUAUUGCUGUUGCAUUGUUAGAUUGCACAGUUAAGGUCUUUUUUGUGGAUACACUGAAGUUCUUCCUUACACUAUAUGGUCACAAAUUGCCUGUAUUAUGUAUGGAUAUAUCAUCUGAUGGCGACCUGAUAGUUACGGGGUCUGCAGACAAAAAUUUAAAGAUUUGGGGUUUGGACUUUGGUGACUGCCAUAAAUCAAUCUUUGCCCAUGCUGAUAGUGUCAUGGACGUGAAGUUUGUUCCUAAUACUCACUAUAUAUUUAGUGUUGGGAAGGACCGGCUUUUGAAGUACUGGGAUGCUGAUAAAUUUGAAUUGCUUUUAACUAUUGAAGGACAUCAUGCAGAGAUAUGGUGUCUUGCACUCAGUAGCCGUGGUGAUUUUAUAGUCACAGGAUCUCAUGAUAGGUCCAUUCGGCGCUGGGAUCGCACUGAUGAACCAUUUUUCAUCGAAGAAGAGAAAGAAAAAAGGUUGGAGGAGAUGUUUGAGGCUGAUAUUGAUGGUGGAUUUGAAAAUAGAUCUGCCUCAAAGGAUGAGCUUCCAGAGGAGGGUGCUGUGGCAUCAGCAGGAAAGAAAACUCAAGAAACCUUAACUGCAACUGACUUGGUUAUUGAAGCACUUGAUUUGGCAGAGACUGAAAUAAAGCGUAUUUCUGAAUACGAGGAGGAGAAAACAAGGGGAACAGUGGCCAAGUUUCAACCUAAUGUACUUAUGCUUGGACUUUCACCCUCUGAUUAUGUUCUUCGCUCAAUUUCUAAUGUCAAGCCCAAUGAUAUUGAGCAGACUUUACUUGCAUUACCAUUUUCUGAUGCUUUGAAACUGCUUUCAUAUUUGAAAAAUUGGACAACAAAUUCUGAAAAGGUGGAGCUCAUCUGCAGGGUUGCUGUAGUAUUGUUGCAGACACAUUAUAAUCAGUUAGUGACCACACCUUCAGCAAGACCGGUCUUGAGUAUUCUCAAAGAUAUCCUGCGUGCAAGAGUGAAGGAUUGCAAGGAUACUCUUGGCUUUAACCUAGCUGCAAUGGACCAUCUCAAGCAACUGAUGGCUAUGAAGUCUGAUGCACCUUUUCGAGACGCUAAAUCAAAGUUGCUAGAAAUCCGGUCAAGACUUGCUAAACGGAACGAUGGAAGAACAGACACAAGAGAGGAACGAAAACGAAAAAAGAAGCAGAAAAGGGGGAGUGAUGGACAUGCUUGGACUGUUGUGCGAUAAGAGAAAUGUUGAAUGCAUAUGUACAAGUUUCCCUAUGUGAUGUUAAGGAAGACACGAAAUUAAAGUUAGUUCUGGUGGGCUGGUGAGGUUUGUUGGUGAACAUUGAGUUUGAUACCAUGCUUAUGGACUACUGGGAGAAAUCUAAGCCUUGCAGAUGACAAUCGAACUGGGAGUGUUUGUGCUUAAAUUCACUUUUUAUUUUUAUUUUUUUAUGAGGAGAUCACCCAUGAAGUGGAGUAAUCCGAGUGGGCACAGUUACUGGAUAAUACAUAUGAUUGCAUUGCAUUCUUCUUCCAGCCGGAGUUUAUUGAUUUCCCAUAUGUUGUAUAUAUUGAAAAAUUGAACAAGUUUGAUGCUUUUUUAGAGUGAAUUUUUUUCA